AUGGCUCCAGAACGUCUUAACAACUCAACAUAUGAUGUUCGUGCAGACAUUUGGUCACUUGGGAUAUCAUUGUUGGAAUUGGCAACCGGAUCUUUUCCAUACACUGGGACUCAUAUUGAAUUUGCUAUCAUGACUAAAAUAAUUUCAGAUCCACCUCCAUCGUUACCUCACCAUAUACCUUUUACCCCUGCAUUCCGUCAAUUCGUCGAGCUAUGCUUAACAAAGGACCAUACUCAGCGCCCAAAAUAUCGCUCAUUAAUGAGUACUGGAUUUUUCGUUCGGCACAACAAGGAACCUCAUGAUGUACUAGAGUGGCUUAGGGGAUUACCAUUACCACACUUACAGUGUUUAGAUGAAACGAAGACCAAUAAUUGGGAUUGCAAAACUCCUACAAGCAUCACAUCCUCUAUGGAUUAUUUGACUGGCACAAUUGAAUCUCCCGAAUCAGUGACCACUCUUAGUCCAGAUAUUUCCGGGGGUGUGAGUAAUAUCUCUCUUAAUGAGUCUUCCGAUUCAAAAAAAGCAUCAUGGGAAAAUAUAAAUAAUCAAGCUGAGGUAGACGUUACACUAGUUGCAGCACCUAAAGUAAAUUCCGAUUCUAACGAGCAAACACAGUUCACUGUUCAUAAGUCUUCUGUAACUUCUGACCAUUUCGUUAAUGAAAAUAUUUCCCCUCAGCUUUCAUCCUUUACAAUUAGUGAACAGUUUUCUGUUGGUCAAAAUCCUCAUUUUUUUAGGACCCGAAAUACAAUAGUUGAUCAGAGUUCAGAAAAUUUUAUUAACCUACUAGAGGGAAAGUCCAAUAAGUUCCUCUCCCAGGGCUCUUCAGGUUACGGAUCUGCAGGUUCUGAUAGUUCUCCUGGAUCUCUUGGAAGUGAUAGUCGUCCACCAAGUUCCACCCAAGUUCUUGACAUGAUAUUACCCAAUAGAAGUGUUAAUGGGAUCCCUCCUUUACCGGUAUCUCAGCGUGCCAAACCUUCGUACACUAUCAGAGUCAAUAAACCCAAUAAAUGUUUGAACAAUAUCUCGGGAAAUAAUGUUAGUCGAUCUAAUUUGUCAAUCCGUCCCACCGUAUCAGAUUCAUUUUCUAAUCAUCCUAGUUGUCAAGUCUCCUCUGUGCAUUCAAUAAGUGGUUCUGAUCAGUGGAGUACGUUAUCCCUAUCAUCUAGAACAACUCAUAUACCUACAUCUCAACCUGUUACGGAAAAUUCUGUUCAUAAUCAACUAACAUCACUCAUUGAAAAAUUUGAACCCAGCUCGGAUAAAGGAGUUGGUUUAUGUGCUAGCACGAAACAUGAAAAGUGUACCCCUUUAGAUAAUGAUUCCCAAGAAAAAGGUAAAAGUUUUGGUUCUUCAAAGAUGGAAUUGAUCUGUGGUCGUCCCAAUAUAAACAAACGGAAAGUAGUUGGCCCAUCACGUUCCUCUUCUGUUGGUGCUCAGUUGCAGCGCUCUCCCGCUAAAAGAUGGUUAGUCAAACCACCACAAAUUAUAAGAAAUCUUCAAGUCGAUCAAAAUCCUUCAAUAUGUGCACACAAUAAUACCACUCGUAUACGUUCGCCAGUAAUUCCAAAUGCUACCUCAUCCAUAUUGAACCCGAACUAUGGGACCAUUUUAGGGAAGAAUACGUCUCCACAACAAUAUCAUCAUCAUUAUUUCUAUUAUUAUUAUGACAAUCAACUCGAUGCAAACAAUCUAAAUAAACCACCUAGUACAUCAUGGGUGGCCAAAGAGAAUAUAAGUGCUCUUGGUAGAAAUUCGCCAUCUUAUUUUACUAAUUCAAACUCCAAUUCAUUGGUUAGUAACUCUCUACCUACAAGCAACAUAUCACCUAUUCUUUCAGGAAGAAUGUGUCAACGGUUAAAUACUCAUCCAAUUCCAAGACAAAGCAGUUUGCAAUUUCCAUCUGACGAUUUUAGAUCUUCCAAGGCGGAGUCAACUUCACUUCUUUUCUCUGGAAUGUUAGGAUCACGUCUACCUAUGGCUUCACAAUCCACUUAUCAGAUUAUAUCCAGCGAGUCCCAUGGGCGAUACUUUAACCGAAACAUUUUCCAACAUCCACUUGUAUUCAGUAACUCAACGCUAAGAGACACUGGUACAUUGAUAAAGAAAGGUGAACAUCCUAAACAUACACACAGAUCAGUGUCACAACCUCCUAAAUUACGAGAUUGGCUAUCUUUUGAAACAGAAUUGUGAAGAUACACCUCAUGGUACUAAUGCAUAUCAACAGAAAUAUCGAGAUCUACUUAUGUUCCUAAACUUAGUUCCAGC